AUAACCUAAUCACAUUUUCCCACAUUCCCAAGUUCCUAACCUUUCAACCCCUACAAUUUUAUUUUUUAUUUUUUUUUAAAAAAGAAAAGCCAUCUUCAAUUCCUCUCUCCUCCCCAACACCCCAUUUCACCUUCCCCUAUCCCCUUCUUAUAAAGGGCACUGUCCCUCCAACUGUAAGACUAUUCCUCAAUUCAAGCUUCUCUUUAAACCCUCAAUUGUCUCUUUCUUCAAAUAUCUCUCUCCAAACACUCCCUUUUAAAAAUGGAUGAAUCAAGGAUACGAGGGAGUCAGAUACCGGCGUUUGGGAACUGGGAAUACGUAAACGAUCUACCCAUUACUCAGUAUUUUGAGUGUGCUAGACAAGCGGGUUUAAUCCGCUACAGCUCUUCCUCAGGAGAAUGCGAUAAUCAUAAUCAUAAUCAUCAUCACCAUCAUCAUCAUAAUCAACAAAAUCAAACUCCUCCUGAUUUGUACACCGUUGAUUUCAUCAAACCUCGUACUGCUCCUCGUCCCAAACAGGGGAAAGGAAGAGAAAAGAAAACAGGAGGGACACAAGUGAAGGAAGGAGGAAGGAAGCAAGCUGGGAACUGUGGAAAGGUGUUUGACGUAACGGUAACGGAGCUUCCCUCAACACAAGGAGGAGGUAAGCGUCACCCACAACCAGCUGUAAAUGGCGUUAAGAAGAAGCAACAGCAGUUCCAAUACGACGCCGGAUCAGCCGCCCAGCCUCGUAGAGCUCCCAGAGCUGUUGAUGAAGAUCUCUAUAAGAUCCCUCCUGAGCUCCUUAGGCGGAAGAGGAGACUGGGAUUUUUCUCAAGGUGCUUGGUUCCCCCAUGCGCAGUCUAAUACAAGUGAUGUAAAACUGAAGAAACCAGACGAAACAAGUGUACGAAACAACUAGGGAAAAAAACAGUUAAUUCGGCCGAGUGAUGUAAAAUAUGGAAACUAUAUACUGGUAGCUAGCUAUAGCAUUUUGGUUCCGAAUUCUGGUUAAGCUAUAGUAUGAAUAUUAAGACCUUAAUUAGUCAUUAGAAAUGGGCUUUAUUGUCAAUAUUUACAACCUUAUAUUGUCAAUAUUUUGGUAGUCUACCAUUUUGAACCAAAGUCAGAGUCACAAUAUUUUCUAAUGGUAGGCUAAAAUGCAGUAAAGAAAAGUGUUAGCCAUUGACUUUGGUUUGAUUUUAUGUCAUUAUACAUGAGUUUUUUGGAAUA